AUGUCUGCCUCCGCCCUCUUCCGCCGCGCCGCCGUCGCCCCGCGCAUCGCCGCCCGCGCAUUCAGCACCACCCCCUCCAACAACUUCGCCCGCAUCACCAUCGUCGGCAACCUCGCCGACACCCCCGAGCUCGUCCCCACCAGCACCGGCCGCGAGAUCAUCAGAUACGCCGUCGCCAGCAACAGCGGCUCCAAGGAAAACCGCCAGACCAGCUGGUUCCGCGUCACUAGCUUCGAACCCGAAGGUCCCCGUCGCGACUUCCUCCAGUCCUUGCCCAAGGGAGCUACAGUCUAUGUCGAGGGCGAUGCUACCAUCGGCACCUACCAAGAUGCCGAGGGCAAGACCCGUAACUCCCUGAGAGUUAUCCACCGCAGCAUUGAAGUCCUCAAGCGCCCGUUUACUGGCACCAACGCCAGCGAGUAA